GUUCUACAAAGGCCUUGUUCCACUGUGGGCCCGUCAGAUCCCAUACACAAUGAUGAAGUUUGCUUGCUUUGAACGCACAGUCGAGCUUUUGUACAAGAAUGUGGUACCAAAGCCACGUUCAGAGUGCACCAAGGGAGAGCAGCUUGUUGUCACAUUUGCCGCCGGUUACAUUGCUGGUGUCUUCUGUGCUAUUGUAUCUCACCCUGCUGACACCAUUGUGUCCAAGCUGAACCAGAAAAAGGGAAGCAACUUCAUUGACAUUGCCAAGUCUCUUGGUCUGAUGGGAAUGUGGAAGGGACUGGUUCCCAGGAUUAUCAUGAUCGGUACCCUGACUGCCCUGCAGUGGUUCAUCUAUGAUUCAGUCAAGGUGGCUUUCCGUCUGCCCAGGCCCCCACCCCCUGAGAUGCCAGAAUCGCUCAAGCGCAAACUGGGAGUUAAUUGAUGAUCUUCCCACAUAGGUUCAGAGAUUAUGUGGGCAUUGUUUGCAUCUAAAGUUGACAGUCAGUUGAAAUAGUAGUGUUCCAUACUCUAGACAGCCAGCCAAUUGUAAUGGUAAAGGAGAAAAAUACUGAUGUACAGUUCAGACGUAUACAUUUUAUAAGUAACGAGUCAUCAUUUAGUUUUAGUUUUUGUUUAUCAUGCGACAUUAACAUGGGAAUUGAUGAAAAGUGAAUAUUUCAGAUAGAGAUUUGAUUGACUCCCUGUUAAUACUCCACUACCAAAGUGGAUUGUGAGGCUGGCUCAAGUGUUUGCUCCAUGACACUUUGGUCUAGGUUCAGUGUGUUAAGUGUGAAGUUUGGUUUAUUAUUUGCGUUUUCAACAUUUAAUUUUUUUUUGGGGGGGGUCCAUAUUGAUGUGGGGAAUUCUGUAGUGUUUGGGUUUACAAUGUGCACAGUUUCUUUUUUUUUCCCCCCCCCCACCACCACCGACACAGAUGGCAUUGUGUUAAGGUUUGGUUUGUUUGUGUGAAGGGGGAACCAAUUUGCCUCGUUAGUGGGUCUUAUGGUCCUCCCAUCUGAAUGUUUGGCUGUGUCUGUGCUUUAUACAGAUGAUAUACUUAGUUCAUAUAACUAUGACACUGAUGAAUUUUUAGGUCUGACCGAGUAUAAUAAAUUGAAACUACAACUUUA